AUGAAAUUCGGCGAACAUCUGUCGUCUCACCUUACACCAGAGUGGCGCAAGCAGUACAUACAAUACGAAGCGAUGAAGGUGAUGGUGUACGAAAUACUGCAGAGUGUUCCUAGCACUGAGCAAGAUAGACAGCGUCGUGAAAGGAUUAUCGUCCAGCGGGAUGAAGCGUUCUUUAAAUUUUGUGCCGAAGAAUUCGACAAGAUCAAUCUAUUCUUCAAUCGCAAGAUUGCCGAAGCGCAUGAGCAGUAUCGAGAGCUUACCUGUGAGCUUGCGCAAACGUUAGAGAAAUCAAAGGCAAACUUGAGGCGCAUGCAACCAUCGCCAUCGCUUAAGAAGAAGCUAUUGAACAUGAUGUCGAUAAGAGUGAUGGCUGUACCGGAUGAAAUAGGUUCUCAGUCCCCUCGGAAGACGAUCUCUGAGCUGAAAAAUGCGUUCAGCGAGUUCUACCUCAGUCUGGUGCUCCUGCAAAACUACCAGCAAUUGAACACUACCGGCUUUCGAAAGAUCUUGAAAAAACACGACAAGGUGUUGCAGACCACAAAAGGUUCUGAAUGGCGGAUGGCCCAUGUCGACAAUUCAUCGUUCGUCCUCCACAAUGAGAUCGACAAAUUGAUCGAAUUAACCGAAAACGCAUUCACUACCGGUCUAGAGAAAGGCGACCGUCAGGCUGCGAUGAAGCGACUACGCGUCGCGCCAUUUAGCGAGAAGCAGCAGCCGUGGACAACGUUUCUGCUCGGUUUCUAUCUCGGCAUCUUCGUUGUGCUUUUGUGCUUAGCCGUUCUGACCAUCGCGUUGAUUUUGCACGUCGACGAACCUCGUUGGGUGGCCGUCCGCAUGUUCCGUGGUUUCCUUAUCCUCUUCGUUAACAUAUUUCUGAUUGGAGUAAAUAUGUAUGGCUGGCAACGUCACGGUGUCAAUCACGUGCUCAUCUUCGAGGUUGACCCACGCCGCCACCUCACAUAUCAGAGAUUGCUUGAGAUUAGUAGCAUGUUCUUGGUGAUGUGGAUGAUGUGUGUCUUAGGUUUUUUAUAUGCGGGACAUAUGAACUUAUCACCGUUGAUCUUUCCGUUGAUAUUGAUGCUGUUCUUGGUCACUUGGACCUUAAAUCCGUUUGACGUCUGUUCGCGAAGCUCCCGUUACUGGCUGCUGCGCCACCUGUACAAUUGUUUUACCAGUCCUUUCCAUAAGGUGACGUUCGCCGACUUUUGGCUUGGCGAUCAGAUGAACAGUUUAGUUACGCUUUUCCUUGACUUUCAGUAUUUCUUCUGCUUUUACAGCUGCGAGGUUGACUACACACACGGCAUGCAGAUCAUUUUCUUACAUGAUGAGAACUCCACGGUGGGAAAUCUGACGCGUUCCAGAGAGUUAGCGUGGGGCGUUCAUCCGUCCAACUAUCUCUUAGAUACCUGCAGCAGUAGCGCAUACGGAAUCAGACCGAUUAUUUCCCUAUUACCUGCACUGAUCCGGUUUUUGCAGUGUCUCCGAAGAUACUCUGAUUCAAAAUCCUUUUUCCCUCACUUAGUUAAUGCGGGAAAAUACAGCACAACUCUGUUCGUUGUCAUUUUUGGGGCGCUUAACACAUCACACAAACAAAACAAGUACCAUCUGUCCAGUGGUAAUACAUUUGGUCCGUGUUUUUUUCUGUGGAUCAUUGCCAAUGUUGUUAGUUUUGGUUAUACUUAUGUGUGGGAUAUUAAAAUGGAUUGGGGUCUACUCGACCGAAAUUGUGGGAAUAACAAAUACUUGCGGGAAGAACUUGUUUACAAUAGGAAAUGGUACUAUUACUUGGCGAUAGUGAUUGAUUUUUUUUUGCGCAUCACUUGGGUGCUAAACGUGAGUUUGGGCGAUGCGUGGCUGACUGAAGCUGACGUUCUGUUGUCUGUAACUGCCCCGCUCGAAUGCUUUCGACGAUUCAUCUGGAACUUUUUCCGUCUAGAGAAUGAGCACCUGAAUAAUUGCGGACAGUUUCGUGCCGUUCGCGACAUCUCCUUGCACCCUCUCAACAAAGGUGACGUCGAUGAGCUGGAGAACAUGGUCGACGAAGAGGAAGGCGUUUCCCAUCGUGAUAGUGAUUUUCAGGCAAUAUUAUCAAAGAAGGCGAAGUCUAAAUUUAAACCAAAUUUCAGACGUCGAAUAGUUUCGAAAUUAGGUAUCAAGAACACUCUCAUCAAAUGCAAAUCUGACCCGGACCACUCAUAUUCAAGUGGCUCAGGUGGAAGCUUCAGUGCUGUCAUUAACGACGGGAAUGUGAACGUCUGCUUAUGA